AUGGACUCAGAAUUAUUUUAUUGAAAUAUGGUAACUUAUAGUUAGCAGCGGGAACUCAAUGAAAAUGAAGGUCUUGACAGCCAUUUUCUAAAACGACCAAGAUCACCUGAUAAAGUUGAUGUUUUUCCAUCAAAAACGUCGCCACCAUCGCCAGAUGAGCCUCCGCAAGAACCUGUGGAGUCAAAUUCGCCUCGAUUCCAAAGCUUUCUGACAUCAUCAGGCAUGUCCAAAGCAAUUUGGUGCCUUCCAAACUUAUCAAAGCUCAUGUCCCGAUUUUCAGCAGACGAGAUGGUAAUCGUAAUUUAGGUCGAGACCGAGUGAUUUAACUCUUCAAAUGGGCAACUCUGGCGCUUGGUUCUCCACCCCAAAAACGAAGAAAAAUUCAUUGGCAUUUAUGUGGAAGCCUGCAUCCAAGAGAAUUUCUCCCCACAGACAGCAAACUUUACAUUAUCCUUAUAUGUCACAGAAAUAAAUUGAAUAUAUUGACUGAAAUUGGACUCUGAGGCGCGCAUUCCUAUGGAGCAGGUAGGGACCCAUCCUGAUGAAACUGAAAAAAGGGCUUCUGUCUUUUUUGAAGUAAGCCUUUAGGUCUAGCGAUGCCUUACCGAAGAGGGAAGUUUGUUCUAUCCCUGCCAGAUGGACUAAACAGGCUUUGCCUAUCAUAUCAUGGUCAUCACUUGUUAGGACCAUUAGGGCACUCUAUAGAUGAUGGCUCUGCCCUAGCGAAUUGAUCCCUUGCUCAGGUCAGGUUCCAAAAUGGUAACCCAUUUUCCACAUUUAAACUACGAGUCUGGAAACUGCUACUUUUAAAGUCGAGGCGAGGCAAAGGUUAGUGGGCUGAUCCGCUCAUGGCCAAUUUAACCAAUUUAAUUUAAUUUAUACGUCACCAAGAAGACAGGGAAAGUUAUAAAAAAGACUUCAAAAACCUCACAAGAGGAUUAAAAUUACGAUAAAUUAAAGUGUUUAAAAUACUUAACUACGCUCCAUUUAAGGCCUGAGUCAAAAUUAUGACACCAUAAGCAUUUUCAAUAUAAAAGGUCGGACCAUCCCAAAAAUAAACCACUCCCUCUCUGGCCGAUGUAUCUCACCUGUCGCAAUGCCGUAGCCCUUAUCUGUGCUUUCAUUCAUGUGCUCCGCCAAUGGGUCAUACUCAGGUGUGCUGUGCGGAUAAACUCUGAAGCAUUUAACGUACUCGUAGCAGUGCCUUAGCCAUAUCUUAUGUGGCCAGAAGUUCUUUAGGCAAAGCCGCAUUCCAUAAAUAAAAUUCUAUUAGAGUUAAUUUCUCUCGAACCAAAUGCCAUUUUAUUUUAUAAAACCCUCACAAGACACUUUUACAAUGGAGACCAAGCUAAUUGGAUACCCAAAGCUCAUUUCUCACAAGAAAAAUUCUUAUUACUUAGACAAGCCUAUGUACGUGGUGUGCUCACUUAGGCCAAGUAUUAAUUCUGAGACCUGCCGCCAAGCAACAGGAUAUGUAGGACUUGUAAAUGAAGGGACAACCUGCUAUAUGAACUCGCUUUUACAAACUUUAUUUUUGAUCACGUCAUUUAGAAAGGCUUUAUACUCAAUAGUGCCGACUGAUAGUGAAUAUGAUAGGAUCCCUCAGGCGUUAAGAAAACUGUUUGGAGCUUUGCAAGUCAGCCAAAAUCCUCCAUCGACACAAGAACUUUUAAAAAGUUUUGGAUGGGGUCGUGACGAUAGGUUCCAUUUUUUUAAUAAAAAAAAUUAUUUUUUAUACCAAAUUUUUAAAAAAUAAUUAUUUAUAAAAAUAAUUUAAGCCGUGACGAAUGGCACAUUCAACAUGACGUCCAAGAAUUUAACUACACAUUAUCAGAAACUCUAGAAAGAAAUAUGAAUGGAACUCUCGCCCAAGGCACCUAUUCCAGCUUAUUUAAAGGGAAAAUUCUUCAAAAAAUACAAUGUCUUAACGUAGACUACAGCUCAAAAAAAUACGAAGAAUUCAUAGAUUUGCAGCUUGACGUCAAAGGAAACAAUAACAUAAUAGAAAGUCUCAAAAAGUAUUUUUCACCUGUAGAAUUAACAGGGGAUAUGCAAUACGAAGCUGAAGGCUUUGGAAAACAAGACGCAAAAAAAAUAAUGAUGAUUGAAGAACUCCCACCAGUCCUACAAGUCAUGCUAAAAAGAUUUGAAUACAACCCAGCUAGAGGCUCUAUGGUGAAAUUAAACGAAAAAUUCGAAUUUUAUGAAGAAAUCGACCUGGAUCCUUAUAUGCUGCCUGGAAAAAGAGGACUUAAUAAAUACAGAUUGUUUUCUAUAUUGAUUCAUGCAGGAACACUCGCAUCUGGACAUUAUUAUGCAUUUAUUUCGCCUGGGCUUGACGACAACUGAUUUAAAUUUAACGAUGAAAACGUAGAAAGAGCGCUUCCGUCACAAGUAAUCAGGGCAAAUUGAGGAGGAGAUAUGGAAGACCUCUUGUUAUCAGACACAGGCGAAAUCUCAAUUGGCAAUAAAAAAAGUGACACAAGCGCUUAUAUGCUAUUUUAUAUCAAAAAAUCAGAAAAAACCAAAGUUAUUCCACCUAUUAAUGGCCAAGAUAUCCCUGUCUCUUUAGUAUCAAAUAUCCCUGCCAGCGAAGUAAAAGUCAGAGAAAACAAAAGAGUCCGCAGAGUUCUACACUGCACAGUCGCUCUUGCAAGCAAAGAAACCAUUAUUGGCUGAAAAGGCCCAGGAAUAGCCCCACCAGAGUCCCAAAGCCGCUUUUUUAUUUAUUCAACCCGCAAGAACUCAAAAGUCCAGUACAUCAUAGACACAAAACUUGCCCAUUUAGGACCAAUUAAGCUAUGAACUUUUAGCCCAGGCCCAGUAAAUUGAAAAUUCAAAGAAAUUGACCUAAACCAAAUUUUGAAUAAUUAUGCCUUUGAAAACAGCCUUAUUACUCAAGCCAUUUUUAUAGAGUCCUCUAAAACUGUUUUUGAUGGAAAAAUCGACUCUUGAAGCUGAGAUGACGGAAAAGAUGAGUCCUCACUCCCCCCCCUUUUAAAUUGGAACUAAAAAUUUUGUUCCAAUUUAAAGGGGGGUUAAUUUUUUUUUUAAAAAAAAAUAUCAAUAUAAAAUUUUUUUAUAAAAUAUAUAAAAAUUAAAAAAAAAAAAAAUUUUCAAAAGCUUAUCGAAUUAGAUCAAUAAAUUUGUUUAAUAAAAUGCUAUUUACUCUUUAUCCUUUUAAAACAAAGCAAGAUAUAACUAAAUUCUCAUUAUAGUUAAUACGCCACUAUUAAUUGGUAUCAAAAUUAUUUACGCAAAAAUUAUUAUUUUUAUUGAUAAAAAAAAUUAAAAAAAAAAUAAAUUUUAGAAAAUUUAUCGAUCAAAGUGCUAAUUUAGAUGCUAUUUAUACUCUAUUCUUUAAAAUAAAGCAAGGAAUAAGUAAAUUUUGAAAUUUUAUAAAGAAUUCCUAUUGAAUUUAUAUCAAAACUAUCCAAAUAAAAAAUAUCAUUUUUACCAAAAUAAGGACCCCCCCUCAUUUGUCCAAUUUUCUAGUCUUUUAUCAUUUGUCCAUUUUUCUAGUUUUUUUUAUAGGAAACAAAAAUUUUUUUAGGACCUCAUUUGUCCAAUUUUCUAGUCAAAAUUUUUGAUAGAGAAAAAAAAUUUUCAGGACCUCAAUUGUCUCAUUUUCUAGUUUUUUUAAAGUAAAAAACUAGAAAUUUAGGGCAUUCGAAAAAAUGCAAAAAAGACUAGAAAAUUGGACAAAUCAUUUUUGACUAGAUUUUGGGACAAAUGAGGUCCUGAAAAAAAAAAAUUCUAUAUAAAAAAAAGACUAGAAAAUUCGACAAAUGAGGGGGGGGGGGGUCCUUACAAAAAAUUUUUUUGAAAAUUUUUAAAAAAAAAAAUUAAUUUUUUUUUUAAAAUUUAGCAAUUAAGGAUAAUAAAUUUAUUUAAAUAAGAUGCUCUUUAUAGUUUUUUCUUUAAAAAGAGCAAGAUAUAACUAAAUUUUUAAUUUUAGUUAAGAAGAAGCAUUUAACUUAUAUCAAAACUUUUUAGAUAAAAAUUAUAUAUAAUUUUUUAUUAUAAAAUUAAAUUUUGUUCCAAUUUAAGGGGGGUUAAUUUACAAAAAAAUUGGAAAUUUUAUCGAUAUUUUGUUCCAAUUUAAAGGGGGGGGGAGUCAGAAGAAAGUUCCCCAGAGCCAGUACAAGAAAAUGGAAAAAAUCCUGUAGUCAGCCCUUCUUCACAUAUAUUUGUAUUUGUGAAAACUUUUGUGAACGGGGAAUUGGAGAUUGUAGGGGUAGAAUGAAUUGAAGAUGCCGCUGCUGUUAUGAUAAAGCAGAAAUUAUUUGAAAAAUAUUUCCCUGGAGCAGCAGUUGGCUGGAUUUGUAUAGAAAGGUGUGGCAGUGAAGAAGUCAGGAUUGAAGAAUUAGUAGGUUUUGUGACAGGAAAUAAAGAGAAAAAAGGGAUGAUAAUAGAAAAUGGGGACGCUUUAAUUAUAGGUAGCGAUAUCAGUCAAAAUAUCCCUCACAAGCUAAGAGAAGUGGCUAGUAACGUAGAAGUCCAAGUCCUUUAUUAUGACCUGCAUCAAUAUUUCAAUUUUAUGUCCUUUUCUAAGCAGCUUCUUGAGAGAAACAUGUUCCCACAAAAGCUUGACUUAAAGCUAUCGCUUUCUUACACCCAGCAUCAAGCAAUGAAAAUUAUUGCAGACGCUCUCAAGCCUUAUUGUCCAGAAAUAUCAGAAAACCAAAUAAACCUACUUGGACCAAAUAUGGUGCCUUAUACAUAUUCGCCUGAAUUUUUCUUAUCAAAAAUCCUGCAAAAUAAGAAAAUUUAUUAUGAUAUUUCUCAAUAUGAUUUAUUAGCAAUACGGGGGAUGCUACAUCUGCAGGUCGUGUUUUUUGAUGAAGAAUAUUGCCCUUUACGGUCUAUUCCUAUAGUCAUUCUUCAAGAAAGCACUGUAAAAGAUGCAUGUGAUAUGAUGGCCAAUGAGCUGGAAGGACUUCCUGAGCUGUUUUUGUAUCAGCAGAACCAAAAAGCAAUUUUAAAUUUUUUGGAGCCUGAAAAUAAGCUAAAAGAUAUUGCAGUAUCUAAAGAUAUACUGAUGGGGAUUAAAAUUAUGAAUGAUGAAGAGCUGAAAAUGCUAAAAGAUAAGAAGCUGAAGGUAAAAUUUAUGCAGAGAAUUAAGGUUUUUCAUGCUUAUAACUCAGAAGAAGGGCUAGGAAGGCCAUUUACUGUAAUCAUCAAGGUAAAGUUUAUAUAGAAAACUGAUACAACUGCGAGUAUAAAACAGAAAAUUGUUGAAAAAGCGGGAAUUAUAACUGGAUUAAAAUUAAAAGUAGCAGAAAUUGAUAAAGUUGGGCAGAAAGCGAUGAAAAUUACUGAAGACUUGGAUGAAAAUGAAGAAGAGUUCUGGGAUAGGUAUAAAAAUAUGAGCAUAGUGGUAGAGCACAAAUUACAAGGGAUGAGACUUAACUAA